UCUAUGAUUUAAACGACUGUGUCGAUGGCGGAAGAAAGUUGCAAAAUCAAUGCCAGCAAAGAUAUUUUCUAGGCAUAGUGGUGGAUAUCGCCGUGUUUCUCUUAGAUCAAGAAAGGGUCCAAGGCUGAAAAGACUUACAUAAUAUUUACGAAAUGGCUUAUACAUUUAAGAGGCGUAGAUCAUCAGAUGAUGAUUCUUUAGAUGAUAUUCCAUUGAUGUCCAGGGAAAAUUAUAUCAUGGAGGAAAAUGAUUCUCUUGUACGACCGAGGAGGCAAAGACCACAUGGUCAGUCUAGGCUGUCGUACUGGUGCUCAAACUUCUUGGAAACAUGCUGUAAAUGUUGUUUAAAAUGCUGUUGUAAGAAGAAAGUAUUCAAGCCAAGAACUGUUCCACUUGGGCUAGAGCAUCUAACUGAUGAAAAAUAUCCCAAAAAUGUGGUCCGUAACCAGAAAUACAGUAUCAUCACAUUUAUACCAAAAGUUUUGUUUGAACAGUUCAAGUUUUUCCUGAAUUUAUAUUUCCUUGUAAUGGCCUCCUCACAAUUUAUUCCUGAGAUAAGGAUUGGAUACCUGUAUACAUACUGGGGACCACUUGGUUUUGUGAUAUUUGUCACGAUGGUUCGAGAGGCACUGGACGACUUCAGAAGGUAUCGUCGUGAUAAAGAGGCGAACUCUCAGAAGUUCAAAAUCUUCACAAAUAGCGGAAUUGUACAAGUACCGAGUUCAAGGUUGAAAGUAGGAGAUCUAGUCUUUGUAGAAAAAGAUCAGAGAGUGCCAGCAGAUAUGAUAUUUCUGCGGACUACAGAAAAGACUGGUUCGUGUUUUAUCAGGACAGACCAGCUUGAUGGAGAGACAGACUGGAAAUUGAGAUUAGCAAUACAAGAUACUCAACAUCUUCCCUCAAAUGCUGAUUUGUUGGACAUUAGAGCCCAGGUAUAUGCAGAAGCUCCACAAAAACAUAUCCACAGUUUUGUAGGAACCUAUAAAAGGACAGACAAUCCAGGGGGAGAUGAGUCAUUGAGUAUAGAGAACACAUUAUGGGCUAACACUGUAGUUGCCUCUGGAACGGCACUCGGGGUGGUUAUAUACACAGGUUGUGAGAGUCGAAGUGUUAUGAACACUUCUCAACCGAAGAGCAAGGUUGGUUUAUUAGAUCUGGAAGUAAACACACUGACAAAGGUGUUGUUUUCUGCUGUUGUUGUUCUUUCUAUUGUUAUGAUGAUAUUGAAGGGCUGGGGUGGACCGUGGUACAGAUACCUGUUCCGAUUCAUAUUAUUGUUUUCAUACAUCAUUCCUAUCAGUUUACGAGUCAAUCUAGAUAUGGGAAAGGCCUGGUAUUCCUAUAUGAUAUCACGUGAUAAGAACAUUGCUGGAACUGUUGUUAGAAGUACCACCAUACCAGAGGAACUGGGCCGAAUAAGUUACCUACUUACUGAUAAAACAGGAACACUUACACAAAAUGAUAUGGUUUUCAAGAAGUUACAUCUUGGUACUGUUGCCUUCACCCCUGAAACUGUUGAUGAGGUGACAGCACAUAUAAAAACAGCAUUUUCACAAUCAGCCACAGCCUCUGCUCCAAGCAGAAUGGGCACACCUGUGAGACGUACUGUGGUGACACGAGUAUUGGACGCGGUACAAGCCCUGGCACUAUGUCACAAUGUGACACCGGUAUUUGAUGACGACAAGUCAGAGGAGACGUCCCUGCAGGUAGAGGCAGAUCAGCAAAGUCAACAAACAGUCGUAUAUCAGGCUUCAAGCCCGGAUGAGGUAGCAUUAGUGACCUGGACUGAAAGUGUGGGUUUAACUCUGGUCAAGAGAGAUUUGAACUCAAUGCAGCUGCGAGCCCCAAACGGUACCAUACUGGCCUAUACCAUCCUUCAUAUAUUCCCUUUUACAUCAGAAUCUAAACGAAUGGGUAUCAUUUUAAAGGAUGACCAGAGUGGUGAGAUUAUAUUCUAUCUGAAGGGUGCUGAUGUUGUUAUGACAUCUAUUGUACAGUAUAAUGAUUGGCUGGAGGAAGAGUGUGGAAAUCUUGCUAGAGAAGGUUUGAGAACUCUUGUUGUUGCAAGAAAGGUUCUUACAGAAGAACAAUACCAAGAAUUUCAGAAUCGUCACCAUCAAGCGAAGAUGAGUGUACAGGACAGGAAUGUCAAGGUUCAAGCUGUCAUUGAGAGUUUAGAGAGAGAUAUGGAGUUACUGUGUAUGACGGGUGUAGAGGACAGAUUACAGGAAAAUGUUAGACCUACCCUGGAAAUGUUACGCAAUGCUGGAAUCAAGAUCUGGAUGUUGACUGGAGAUAAACUGGAGACAGCAACAUGUAUAGCUAAGAGUUCUAAGCUUGUGUCCAGAAACCAGGACAUAUAUACAUUUAAGAAAGUCACGGGGCGGACAGAGGCACAUUUAGAGCUGAAUAACCUGCGAAGAAAACAAGAUAAUGCUUUAGUUAUCAUGGGAGAUAGCUUACAGGUUUGUUUGGAGUACUACGAGCACGAGUUUGUGGAGCUAGCAUGUCAGUGUCCGUGUGUAGUUGUAUGCAGAUGCUCUCCAACACAGAAGGCGGAUAUAGUCAAACUUCUCAAGGUACACUCAGGGAAACGUACAUGUGCAAUAGGUGAUGGAGGAAAUGAUGUUAGUAUGAUACAAGCUGCUGAUGCAGGCAUUGGUAUUGUGGGGAAGGAAGGGAAGCAGGCGUCAAUGGCAGCAGACUUUUCCAUCAACCAGUUUAGCUAUAUUGGUAGACUUCUUAUGGUUCAUGGCAGAGACAGCUAUAAGAGAUCUGCAGCUCUAGGGCAAUUUGUGAUCCACAGAGGUCUAAUAAUCUCAACUAUGCAGGCUGUGUUUUGUUCUGUGUUCUAUUUUGCAUCCAUAGCAUUAUUCCCGGGCUUCCUAAUGGUUGGGUAUUCUACUGUAUAUACAAUGUAUCCUGUGUUCUCUUUGGUACUUGAUAAAGAUGUCACACCAGAGACAGCUUUAAUGUAUCCAGAAUUAUAUAAAGAAUUGACAAAGGGGAGGUCAUUAUCGUUCAAGUCUUUUUUCAUGUGGGUGCUUAUUAGUAUUUAUCAAGGUGGAAUAAUAAUGUAUGGUGCGUUUUUGUUAUUCGAAGAUGAAUUUAUCCACGUAGUUGCGAUCACCUUUACGUCACUCAUAUUAACAGAGUUGUUAAUGGUUGCAUUAACUAUACGUACGUGGCACUGGGCGAUGGUCCUUGCGGAGGUGUUCAGUCUGGCCAUAUAUAUCGCAUCUCUUGUGGUUCUUAGACGUUACUUUGAUCCGAUGUUUCUCAAAACAUGGAACUUUUUCUGGAAGGUCAUAGUGAUAACAUCUGUCAGUUGUAUCCCAUUGUACAUUGCCAAAUUUUUGCGGAAAAAAUUUAAUCCGCCUGUUUACGCCAAAUUAACAUGAAAAAGUAGUUCCAAAGUGCUAUAUUCAUACACAAGUUCAUCAAACAUUCCAAGUUUCAUUUGCUCUUAGUGAUUGUUAUUUAUUUUGUUGAAGUGUAUUGUUUCAAUUUUGAAAUCUGGUCAAAGUCCUGAUAUAUGUACAUUUGUACAGACAAACCUGUGGUGAAGGCCAUGUCUCCAUAUAGAUUUCCCAACUGUACAACAUGUAUUAUUCAUAGGUGUGAAACAACUUUUUGAGUGCUUUUAGAUUUAAUUAUCCUAUUUUGUAUGAAAUUUUUCAAUUAGAAGUUUUCAAUAGGGACUUACAGAAUAAAUAAUGAAAAUACUCAAUUAAAGAAAAAAAAGAGUAGAAUUCUAAGAGCCAUGAUUUAUGAGCAAGAAUUUGGUCAUACAUACUUGAUAUAAUUAGCAAAAUUUUAUGUUUUUAGUUUUACUACGUCAAAAAAUAGUGGAAGCUUUCCUACUCAGCUUGGCGUUGGCUUUAGUGUUUGCAUUACAUUUAAAAUGGUUUUGCACUCAAAUUCAUAUCUCUAUUAUCGCUGAUGAUUUUUGCUUAAAACUUCACACACAUAUUCAGAAAUACUAUCAAACUCUGAUGAAAGUUGAUCAAGCACUCUGUCUGAAAACUUUUGUUUAGGACUUUUUUUACCGAAGAGUUCUUUAUCCAAUUUUUGUUACCAAUAUUUAACCUUUAUAAUUUACACAAUAUUUAUUUUAGUUUGAUCGUGUUGGUAGCUAUGAGUUAAUAGAAAUUCUUUCGAACCCUAUUCUGGUACCAAUCAGUACUAAGCUAUGAGUGAUAAGCUUUUUGUUAAAAUAAAACAACUGCUUGACCCUGGCAGAGUUCAACCCAUGUGGCCAGCAAUCGUUUGAUUACUAGUCAUAGGACAUGCCAAAACAUUCGGCCAUGCUGCCACAAUAUUUUAUUCUAUAAAAAGAAAACAUGUAAAAGCCAUAUUUAUUUAAUCAAAAUGAACAAAUACAAAAAAUUCUCCUAACUUUGAGCCAUAAAAAGAUAUAUCAUAUUAUGUAACUUUUAAGUCUACCCUACAAUUAUAGCCCAUGCUCUCAGAAAUUCUUAACUUAGCAUUUCAUCGUGAAUAUUUUCAUAAUAUUAAGUCUGUGGAUUUAAAUGAAAAAUGUAUCUCUGAAUUCAUGACCGUUGUUGUGUUUAUUCUAAGAUAUAUGCUGCUUUGUCAUGGGAAAUUUUAUAUAUUCAGGGGCACAAGGCUAUACUAUCUCUAUAUAAGAUUUGUCAUCAUCAUAAUGGAUGACAUCAUUAUCAUCAUCAUCGAUAACAUCAUCAUAAUUGUCAUCAUCACCAAUGUUAUCAUCAAAGUCAUCAUUGUCAAUAUUCAUUUUAAUAUCUACAAUAAUUAAGAUUAUUUGUUGGUAAGAAACAUUACACUGAGAGAAAUGAUUUUAAAUCUGUUCAUAUUUUUUUUCAGUAGUCAAUAAAUACUAUAGUGAUUUUAAACCAAUUUUCUACCAAGAGGGUAGUUUUACCGUCACAAAUUUAUCUAAAUUAUGAUUAGUUGAAAUAAAAUACAUUAAAGUUUGUUGGUCAUUAUUUUUUAUGAACUGAUGCAAAAAUGUUUAAUAAAAAAUCAUAGCAUUUUCAUGAAAUUGCAGUAAUGAUGGCUACACUGCUAUUCUAUUGUUGCCAAAAAUAUCGCUUUCUUUUUAUCACAGUUUUGUUAAAAGUUCAGUAACAUUUGUUUUAUAUUAUUUUAUUUUUUCUUGCUCUUCAAUUUCAUAUUAUUUAGGGCAGCAUCACUCUUUAU